AUGGUGGUGGUGCCCGUCAAGGUGGAGAGCAGCCAAAGAAGUCGAUCAAGUGCUUUCGGUGCAACACGUUCGGUCACUACGCCAACGAGUGUGAGCAGAAAAGGUGAGGGAUUCCCAGAUAGGUUAUCCAGGGCCAUCGACUUCUGGGAGAGGAAUUGCCGGACAGAUUGGAUUCUGAGCGUGAUAGAAUCCGGGUUUAGGAUUCAGUUCGACGAGAGUGUGAUUUUGCCGGAGCCGCAGGGCAUGAGGCCGUCGGUAAUGAGACACAGCGAAUUCGUUUUUGCAGAAAUUAAGAAGCUGAUCGGUCAGGAGGUGCUCAUCAUGUCGGACAUCGAGCCGAGAUGUGUGUCGCCACUGCACGUGGUGGAACAAGGUGAGAAGAAGAGAAUGAUCUUGGAUCUGAGUGAAUUGAACAAGUGCCUGGCUCCUCCUCCUCACUACAAGUUAGAGAACAUGAAAACGGCGUGGCCUUUCCUAGAAAAAGCGAGUUUCGCAGCAACGUUUGAUUUCAAAUCGGGGUAUCACCAUGUCAUGAUUCAUAAAGAGUCGCAAGACUUGUUAGCUUUUUCGUUAUCUAAUCCACCCGAGGCUCCAUAUUUUAUGUUUAGAGGGUUACCCUUUGGGUUGGCAACCGCCCCGUGGCUGUUCACGAAACUUUUCAAAACGCUAGUGCAUAAGUGGAGAGCGGGGGGCAUGAAAGUGAUACUGUACCUGGACGACGGUCUCAUCCUAGGCGAAACGGAACGAGAAGUGGAAGAGGCGGUUGAAGUGGUGAGGAGGGACCUGGAAGAGGCAGGAGUGUGUGUAGCCGAAGAGAAAUCGGUUUGGACGCCAUCGCCAGUGUUCACAUGGCUGGGAUACAGAGGCGAUCUGUUGGCGAGAGAAGUCCGUGGGACUGAGAGAAGGAUGACCGCGUGGCGGCGUGCUCUGGAGGAGCUGAGGAGGAGCCCGGCUCCGUCGGUCCUGGACCGAAUGAAGUUUCUUGGAUGCCUGGCAUCAUUUGGUGUUGUUGCAGGAGAUGAAGGUGUAGCCAUGGCUCGGCAUCUGAUGCAGAAGGUCGGUGAGGCCCAGAAGAGGAGAGUGUCGACGACGACGAGGAAAAGGAAGUCGGAAGGUGAGGAGAGAGAACUGCGAUUCUGGGAAGGAAGAGGUGAAGAAGUGCUGAGAAGACAAAUAGAAGAGAGAGAGGUGGAAAUCGAUUGGUUUCUGUACACCGACGCUUCCGCUAAAGGAAUCGGCGCGGUGCUGAAGGAUAAGAAAGGAGAGACAGUCUGGAAGAUGACAGAGAGAGGAGACGCGGAAUUCGAGAGGGAAUCGAGCGCGAUGAGGGAACUGCGAGCUGUAGAGUGGGCCACGGCCAAGUUGAGAAGAGAGUUAGAAGGGAACAUCCAGGUGUUGGUGGACAGUCAGGCAGCGGUCAGCAUUCUGAGACGAGGUUCCAUGAAACCGGAGCUGCACGCAAUUGCGGAGAAAGUGUGGGAGAACCUGCAGAGAGUGGGGGGAAGCGAGUUUUUGUGGAUUCCGAGGGAACAGAAUUGCGAGGCCGACGAGGCAAGUAGAAAUUUUGAUUUCGAUGAUUGGGGAGUGAACGAGAGGGUGUUUAGCCUUGCACAGAGACUGUGGGGGAAGCUAGAAGUAGACUGGUUCGCGGACGCGAAGAACAGGAAGACGAGGUUGUUUUUUUCCAGAUAUCCAGAACCGGAAACCAGCGGAGUCGACGUCUUCGAUCACAUCGGAAGAGCCAAAGGAAUGGGAUUUUCUUGGUGGGUACCCCCUCCGGUACUCAUCCCGAAAUUGAUGGGAGUUGCCCGAAAAGAGCGCUUGCGAGGGGUUUUGGUGGCGCCAGUCUGGAAAAGUCAUCCGUCUUUCCAGGCACUGGUAGAUGGUAGAGGAAAUUUCAUCAGGGCAAUUAAAGAUUACCUGAUUUACGAGAAAAACGACGAGAUUUUCGUGCCGGGGGAAGGUUCCAGAUAUUGUGAAGCGACCAACUCAAAAUUUUGUAGAUCGAAAUUCAUUCUGGCUUUAGUCGACUUCAAUUAGAAAAGGCCCCGGGCUUUGCAAGUUGUUUCUACCUAACUUAUUCCCAAAAAACCUACUUGUUCAAUAAAGGCUGUAAGAUGAACCUUUUCCUUUUUCGGAGUGAGGAAUCAGAAAAACAUAUUCUCUAGUAGCGCAGCGUAAAGAGAAUAAUAUGUUUUUCGUUGACAAACGGAGAAAAAGGCGCACGCGGCGAGCGAAGUUAAAGGCGCAGCGACUUUGGAGGAGGCGAGGGUCUCGAAGCGAAUUGCACCAAGCGGUCGCGGUAAGCGGAAUUUGAAUUCGAAAAGUCAUUCUACGGAAUUAGCAAGGUUCCCGGCCCACCCACCCAACAAGAGAAUGAAAACGAGUCUAAAAUGGUUGCAGAGGGCGCGAAACGACAGUAUGUCAGAGAGUUGGAGACGCAGGCGGGACCUCGGAUGCAACAUCUCAUCGACGCGCUGAAGCUCGUGCCGUACGAGUCGAAAGCCACGUCCACGGCUCGUCGUUCCUGCUCUACCUCGUGGAGCGUGGGAAGAAGAUCGGAAGCAGUGUUAUGUCGAAGAUCUCGGCGGCGUAUCAGGUGGCUAAUGAAGGUUUUUCCAAGAUCGGCGGGACGUUUGUGACGGACAUCAUCAAGAUGAAGAGAAGACUCGAGAUUCCGAUGAAAAAGAAGCCAGUAGAGGUGACUUUGGAGGACAUUGAGAAGAUCACGCAGCGAGCGAUGCAGUCAAACAGACCGGCGAGCGAUCGGGAUGCCUUGCUGGCGAUCCUGUCGUUCCGCGUGAUGCUGCGAGCGUCGGAGGCGGCGAGAUCAAGUGGGACGGCGUCACGCAAGCAGGAGAUCUGAUUGAGGUAGUUGUGGAGAAGGCGAAGAACGAUCAGAUGGCUCUGGGACGUCGUUCGUUUUUCAACUACGAACCGGGCAGCGAUGCGGACAUUCUGAUGUGCAGAUGGAGACUUCGCUACAAGGAGAGGGCAUGCGAGUACGUGUUCUCCAAUCUGGAAGGAUCCAAAAGGCUGACGAAGCAAUCGAUCUCGGCCCUGGCUUCGAAGAUGCUCAAGGCGAUCGGGAAGUCGGGAGCGACGCACCACGGAUUCAGGAGAGCCGGAGCGAACUACUUGCAAGCGCAGGGACAUUCGAUGGACGAGAUCAGGUGCCGAGGACGUUGGAGAUCGAUGGAGGGGCUGCAGCGGUACUUGAAGGAUGUUUCGGAGGCGCAAGGAUGCAGGCGAGCGGUCAAAGGAGUCGGAGGAGACGCAGACGAGUCCGAGUCGGACGAAGAAUGA